AUGAAAAGCAAACAAGUUAGUCCCGAGGCGGAGGGCCUGUUGGCGGUGGCGGCCCAAGGCAGCCGAGGGGGGUCCUGCUUUCUGUGCGUUGGGGCUCAAGCUCGCCACCUGCCCGGCUUGCGGCGCAGCCGCCGGCAGAGCUCGAUCUGCGGGAAUGAGACCGGUUUUUGCAGUCAGCGUAGCUGGGACUCCAAGCCCACGGCGCCACCAGCCCAGCCUCAGUUUCCUCGCCUGUACAAAGCAGAAGGCGCCGGCGGCUCUCAAAAACUCUUCCUUCGGAGCCGUCCCUCGGCGGUGCUUAGCCCUCCGGAUACCCCCGAGACACCCCAGAUGGCCCCAGUCCGGCGGCGAAGGGAGAGGGCUGCCCCAGCCACCUCUCUGUGUCCUUCCCAGCACAGCAUCCAGCGGAGUGGGGUCAGUCGCCGCGUCCAUCCAGGGGCCUGCCCUGGGGACACGUCCCUGUCCCUGGGGAGUCCUGGCCGGGGGAGUGGGCGGUCAGCGGCUCCAUUAGGCGGGAGCGGUCAACAGGAGGCUGCGAGGGCUCCGGAACUCCGCUGGUGGGGGUGGGUGAGCUAUGUGUGGAGAAGGAGAGGAGGGGAGAAGUAUCUCAGGAAAGAGGGCCACGUUGGCACAAUACUUUCAGCAUGUGAACACCACACGGGAAAGAAGCUGGCAUUGAACUUAGGUUUCUGGAGCAUCUCUUAUGGUCUGCACCCUCCUGGGAAACAGGCAUAUGUUAUCUAUGGCAGGCAGUUUUGCAAACGAGGCUCUGAACUUGAAGCUCAGAGGGUGAGCGAGACCUCGUGCCCCCUGGGGCCUCUGCUUGCUCCAUGUUGGUGCCCCAACGUCCAGGGAUGCAAAGCACAGGGGACCCUUAGAGGCCACACCUGGAAGUGCUCAUUCAAUGGACCGAGGGAUGAAAGUGAGGAGAGAGUUAGAGGAGCUGUGCAAAUGCCUCCCAGCCAUCGAGGAUCAAUCUCAAGUCCUUGUGUGCUCAACCAGGCUCCUGGUGAGCCAGUGAUCCUGCGCCAUUCUCCCCCAGAACCCCUGGUGGCCACCCGCACUGUCCCUGAACUCCUGUCCCUGAGUGUGAACACCGUCCUCAUUCUGCAUUGCACCCCUGGGAGCAGGCAUCAGCUCUCUCUGCCUCCACUUCUAUGAGAGUUCCAGAUGAUAGAGAGCUGUUGCCUAUUACAAUGAAGUUAGAUGUCUCCUGACCUCAGCCCAUCUGUGAAGUUAAAAACCCUGUUGGAUAAAAAGUUUCUGCUUUAGUCUUGCUGUCCAUGCCCAUGGAAGAAGCUACAACGGGUGAUUUACUCUCCUGGCCCAAAUCAGGUCCAGCUUCUGGGCCUCCAUGCUCCAUGCUGGGGGAUACUGGACAUUCAGAGUGCCUUUCUGUCAGCCCUGCAACACAGCCCCACUGGGGUGGCUGACUUUGUGCUGACCUUGUGUCUCUGAGCUCAGUUUCAACUGGCGUGUAUCUGAGGGUUAGUCUUCAGCGACCUUGGAAUGAGUGUGCAGGGCUGAAUGAGGGAGUGGAAGCCUCUACUCUGCAGCGAAGACAAGACAAUUAUGAUCAGCCUCUGAAUUCCCAUCACCAUUGCCACCAGCUGGGCCAUAGGCACUUGUGCAGCCACAUGGAAUACCUCCUUUGUUAGAAGUACUCAGUUUGGACACUGUGGCCCUUUGGUUAGCUUUCAUUUUCAUUGUAUCUCU